AUGAGUGUGUUUUACUUCAACCAUCGUUCCUUUGGAGAUUAUUUGCGGUGUGAAAUUGCCAAGCCUUCAAUCACUUUGUUGGAUGUGAAGCAAAAAGUUGUCGAUGUUUUUUUACAUCGGCAACCCCCCGAAACAUACCAACCUUCACAAAUCUUGGUCUAUCAAGGCUCACUUGAGAUAACGAAUCUUGCUGAAAUUAUCCCUCAGGACUCUCGCUUCACUGUAUUUACACGCACACAAGAAACUUCUAAGGUCACUCGCGAGGCCGUCGACUUAAAAGAUAUUUGUGUAGAUAACAAGACGAUCACCGCGACACCACUGUUCUCCACCAAUUCGCGUAAACAGAAACCACAACAUUUGCCCCCAGGGUAUAUCUGUCGAAGAUGUGGUAAACCGGGUCAUUUCAUUCGAGACUGUCCCGAGAACAACAACCCCGUGUAUGACCGUAAAGAGACUGCCGGCCUUCCCCGCGAGAUGUACGAAGAAGUCAACGACGACGACACCAACGCGAUGAUCACAAAAGAUGGGAAACAUGUAGCGCUCAAAAUUACAGGCCAACAGUUUCGGCCUGUUGUUCAAGUCGAAGUUGGUGAAGAGGAGAGUGCGAAUUCCGUACCGAAGCGGUUGAGAUGUCCGAAGUGCUCUGGGCUCUUACGUGGUGCUUCUGUUUUAAAGUGUUGUGGGAAGAGUUUCUGUGAGGACUGUUUAGUUAAAAUACGAAGUGAAGAGAGGUGUAUCAACUGUGGGAAAGCCAUUGAUAUAUCGAAAGAUAUUAUGGAGGAUAAGAAGGUGCGACAGGACAUCUUAAAGUUCUUUGAAGAAACAAAUAGAAAGAUAGCACAGAAGGCAAUGGAGAAGGCGCAUCUGGAACACCCCACUAAGAAUGCAAACGAAGAAAAAAGUAAGAUAAAAGAAGUCGUCGAGAGUAAACCAGUCAUUGAAAAAAUGGACAUCUCCGGUCUCUUCAAAAAAAAAGACCCAAAAUUUUGUCCGUUGUGGAGACUCGCUGCAGUCAAAUGUGACGGAGUUAAGUUCACUGGAAAGUUGAUUGGAAUCGAAGAAUAUAAACCAGACAGAGUCGCUAAAAUACUGGAAGGUGUCAAGAAGAGAGAAAGAAGCAGGUCAAGAGAGAGAUCUGAUAAUAAGUGA